AAUUAUCCAUUUGGGGCUAUAUAUAGAGACCCUUUGAGAUCCAAUCGUCAAGAAACCAAACAAAUAAAGAGAGAUUUAAUACAAAAGAAAGAGAAAAAAAGACGAUAUGGCAGGACUCAUCAACAAGAUCGGAGAUGCACUCCACAUUGGAGGAGGCAACAAGGAAGGUGAGCACAAGAAGGAAGAGGAACACAAGAAGCACGUCGACGAGCACAAGAGUGGAGAGCACAAAGAAGGUAUUGUUGACAAGCUCAAAGACAAGAUCCACGGUGGUGAAGGCAAAAGCCACGACGGAGAAGGCAAAAGUCACGAUGGUGAGAAGAAAAAGAAGAAGGACAAGAAGGAGAAGAAACAUCAUGAUGAUGGUCACCACAGCAGCAGCAGUGACAGCGACAGCGAUUAAGGUGAAGAAGUGAGGAGGAUCGGUUAAAUAAAACAGAUCUUGUUCUGACUAUUAUUAAUUAAUGUUGUUGUAUGUUCCUAUCCUCUUAGAGAGAGGUUAAAGACAGGAGAACCGUGCAUCUAUCUUUGUUUGUUAUGUUUCUGUUUUCUUGUCAUGAAAAUUAUGUUCAUGUAUCUUAUCUAUAUCUAAAUUAAUAAAUCCAUGAAUCCUAACUUGUAAGA